AUGACCGACAACAAGGUCCCUCAGCCAGGACCGGCGAGACUGAAACGCAAUGCAGGCCCCGAUGAGUGGCUGGAGGCUGCAAAAGAUUGCAAAUACCUCUCUGAAGCUCACAUGAAGCAGCUGUGUGAGAUGGUCAAAGAGUAUAUGAUGGAGGAAUCAAAUAUACAGCCCGUUUCUACUCCGGUCACCGUCUGCGGCGAUAUUCAUGGCCAGUUUUACGACCUUCUCGAGCUCUUCCGGGUCUCUGGUGGGAUGCCCGAUGGCACAGAACCCGACGCUCCCCAAACGUCACCCAUCACUUCUGCCGACAUUGAGCCUCCUUCCGAAAUCACAGAUCCAAAACUCAGAAAGAAACUACGUGGCCCCAAUAACAACUCUCAAGAAGAUGAUGAGGAGGAUUCUGAACUGAGUGAAACCACAGGAGCUCGGUCGACAAGUCCAACAUCGAAUGACGUCCAGGUUAACCGCAAUUUUGUCUUUUUGGGGGAUUAUGUCGAUCGUGGAUAUUUCAGUUUGGAGACUUUGACCUUAUUGCUGUGUUUAAAGGCCAAGUACCCCGAUCGAGUCACUUUGGUGCGCGGAAAUCACGAAUCCCGACAAAUCACACAAGUAUACGGCUUUUACGAAGAAUGUUUCCAAAAAUACGGCAGUGCUUCAGUGUGGAAGGCUUGCUGUCAGGUCUUUGACUUUAUGACACUGGGCGCCAUCAUUGAUGGCAAGGUUUUGUGUGUACACGGUGGUUUAAGUCCAGAAAUUCGCACCCUAGACCAAGUGCGAGUAGUUGCCCGUGCGCAGGAAAUUCCUCACGAGGGUGCUUUCUGUGACCUGGUCUGGUCGGACCCCGACGACGUUGAGACUUGGGCCGUCAGUCCUCGCGGAGCAGGUUGGCUUUUUGGUGAUCGUGUCGCCGAUGAGUUCUGUCACGUAAACGAUCUCUCCUUGAUUGCUCGCGCGCAUCAGUUGGUGAACGAAGGAUAUAAAUACCAUUUUGCGAACCAGAAUGUGGUCACGGUCUGGAGUGCUCCGAACUACUGUUACCGAUGCGGUAAUCUUGCAUCGGUCUGUGAAAUUGGCGAGGAUCUCAAACCAUCAUUCAAGCUUUUUAGUGCUGUGAGCGACGACCAACGGCAUAUGCCGAAUUCGCGGCCAGGCCGCAGCGAGUACUUCCUGUAA